CGUUGAGAAUUAUGUGUGCCGGCGUCCCCCUUUGGCCUGCAAUCCAAUCAGGUUCGUUGAUGAUUACAAUUCAUCUAACUAGUCACGUAUAUAUGUAUAUUUAAAUCAAAAUAAUUAAAUAAUCAUAAAGACCAACAUUGCUAUAAGAAGAAGAAGAAUAAGGUACAAUGUCUAGUAUUCUUACAAAAUUUUAUCCGAUAACAAUAAUUAUAACACCAAUGCAUAUAUACGUAUCUGAAUUAGAAUCUCAAUAGAACCAAAAAUAAGAAUGGCGGAUUCAGCAAAGUUAUUGUUUGACUCCUAAAGCUGGAAUUUUUGGACUUGAUCACACUUGCAAGUUCCAACUUUUUCUCUGUUUUCUUUUUCCUUUCUAACCAAUUUAUACUUCGACUGUCUUCAUUUCCAUUCUGCCAUACAUUUUCAUGCCAUGGCUGAUUCUUCCUUUGAGUUUAACAGCUCUGUUGCUGACUCAACUCACCGUCACCGUAACCGCAACAGUGACAGUCGCCGCCGUCGCCGUCACCCAACUCCUGUCAACUCACACUAUGCAACUUCUAGCUCUUUCACUCAAUUUAGCUCUCAAUACUACCCAAGUGGUUUGCCUGCCGGAAGAAGAUUCCGCCACCCAACUCCGGUGCCCACCACGCCGUUUGCCUCCGACAAUGACGUGUCAUGGCAAAGUGAGGUAUCUUGGCAGUUUGAGCCCAGUGGAUGGCAUGAAAACCACAACCUGGGCUCUGUUCUUAGCCCAUGGACCGCCACUCCCAACGUAGUUCGUCGUUCGGCCAAUGAUUACUAUCUUUCUCGAACAAAUAAUGGUGGCCUCGGAACUUCGAUGAAUUCACAGUACGAUUAUUCCGGCUUUCAUGGUGGCAGGAUUGAGCUUCAAAGCUUUGUUGGUCAAGCUUUUGGUCGUGGCGUACAGAGCAAGUUAAGUACAAAAGCUAAGCCUUUGGCUAGUACAGAUGAGCUUAGUAUAGUUAAUUUCGCUAUACCAGAAGAUGAACAAGGACAUGACUAUGAUUCUUGGCCUUCUGCUUCUCAAUACGGUCAUGAUAAGUCUGGUAUUGAUGUUGGACGAGUUUCAGAUAGUGAAGAAGAGGAGGAAGAAGAAGAAGAAGAUGAUGAUGAUGAUGAUUAUGAUGAUGGCCCAGCUAAGACAGUUGGACUAUUGAGCUUGUUUAAGUAUUCAACCAAGUGGGAUAUUGUUCUUAUUAUUUUGGGUUGUUUGGGGGCUCUUAUAAAUGGAGGUUCACUUCCUUGGUACUCUUAUCUCUUUGGAGAGUUUGUGAAUAAAAUUGCUGAAGAUUCUUUGGAUACUGAUAAAAUGAUGAAAGAUGUCCUUAGGAUAUGCUUGUUUAUGAUGGGACUAGCAGCAUUAGUGGCAGUUGGAGCUUUCAUGGAGAUAACAUGUUGGAGAUUGGUGGGGGAGAGAUCAGCACAAAGGAUAAGAAAAAAAUACUUGAAAGCAGUUUUGAGACAAGAUGUUGCCUUUUUUGAUACACAAAUCAGUACUGGUGAUAUAAUGCAUGGAAUUUCAAGUGAUGUUGCUCAAAUCCAAGAAGUCAUGGGAGAAAAGAUGGCACACUUCGUUCACCAUAUAUUUACCUUCAUUUGUGGAUACGCAGUUGGGUUUUCACGGUCAUGGAAAGUAUCUCUAGUAGUCUUUUCUGUCAUCCCCCUAAUGAUGUUUUGUGGUAUUGCUUACAAGGCUGUUUAUGUUGGUCUAACAUCAAAAGAAGAGGUUUCAUAUAGAAAAGCCGGUAGUGUAGUAGAACAAGCUAUCAGUUCAAUCAGAACUGUAUUCUCGUUUGUGGCAGAAGAUCAUUUGGCUGAAAAAUACUCUGAAUUGUUGAACAAAUCAAUCCCAUUUGGAGCAAAAAUUGGAUUUGCUAAGGGUGCAGGUGUGGGAGUUAUCUAUUUGGUUACAUAUUCAACAUGGGCAUUGGCUUUUUGGUAUGGCUCUAUUUUGGUUGCCAGAAAAGAGUUGUCUGGAGGUGCUGCCAUUGCUUGCUUCUUUGGUGUUAAUCUAGGAGGAAGAGGCUUGGCAUUGUCAUUGUCAUAUUUUGCUCAAUUUGCUCAAGGUACUGUGGCUGCAGCCCGAGUUUUUGAAGUCAUUGACAGAGUUCCCGAGAUAGAUCCCUACAACCCAGUGGGAAGAAUCCUCCAAAAAUCCCGAGGAAGGAUUGAGUUUAAAGAUGUAAGCUUUGCAUACCCCUCUCGUCCAGAUGCUCAAAUUCUCAACUCCUUUACUCUAGUAAUUCCUGCUUCGAAGAGCUUUGCGCUGGUUGGCGCUAGUGGUGGUGGCAAGUCUACCCUUUUUGCUCUAAUUGAGAGGUUCUAUGACCCCAACAAGGGUAUAGUCACCCUGGAUGGUCAUGACUUAAGGUCACUGCAAGUUAAGUGGCUAAGAGGUCAGAUAGGUAUGCUGGGCCAGGAACCUGUUCUCUUUGCCACUACUAUUCUAGAAAAUGUGAUGAUGGGAAAGGAGAAUUGCACAGAGAAAGAGGCCAUUGCAGCUUGUAUAGCUUCCAAUGCUCACAAAUUCAUUUCUACUCUUCCACAAGGCUAUGACACUCAGCUUGGAGACAGGGGAACCCAACUUUCGGGUGGUCAGAAGCAGCGCAUUGCAUUGGCUCGAGCCAUGAUUAAAGACCCUACAAUUCUUCUGUUGGAUGAACCUACUAGCGCUCUAGACCCCGAGUCUGAGAUUAUAGUCCAACAGGCAAUUGACAAGAUUUCUUUAGGCCGAACAACCAUUGUCAUUGCUCAUAGGCUAGCUACUGUGAAAAAUUCUCAUGUCAUUGCUGUUCUUGAGCGUGGCUCCGUAGCUGAGAUUGGUAAUCAUCGUCAGCUAAUGGAAAAAGCUGGCGCCUACUAUAACCUUAUCAAGCUUGCUUCUGAAGCAGCCUCGAAAAAUACAGUUGAAGUAAAAGAUAGCGCGAAGGUUAUGCAGUUUCCUGCUUAUGACAAAUCAGUACAUGACAUAUCAAGAUCAAAGUAUUUGUACGAAGUAUCAGUGUCAAAGAACUUCAAAUCUAUGCAAAAGGAAAUUCAAGCAGAAGAAGAACAACAACAAAAACCAAAACAAAGAAACUAUAAGUUAAAUGAUUUAUGGAAGUUGCAAAGACCAGAGCUUGUAAUACUCAUCUUAGGAUUCAUUUUAGGUAUGCAUGCAGGUGCAAUUCUAUCUGCUUUCCCAUUAGCUCUGGGACAAGCCCUUGAGGUUUACUUUGCUAAUGAACCAGACAAGAUUAAAAGAAAAGUUGGGCAUCUUUGUUUGAUAAUUGUUGGGCUUGGUUUUGGGUGUAUAAUCUCCAUGACUGGACAACAAGGUUUAUGUGGUUGGGCUGGAACAAAGCUCACAGUGAGAGUUAGAGAUCUCUUAUUUAGAUCAAUAUUGAAACAAGAACCUGGUUGGUUUGAUUUUGAAGAGAAUUCUACCGGAGUACUUGUCUCUAGGCUCUCCAUUGAUUGUGUAAGCUUUCGAUCAGCCCUUGGAGAUCGUUUCUCAGUCUUGUUAAUGGGAUUGAGUUCAGCUGCAGUAGGCCUUGGUGUAUGCUUUUAUCUUGAAUGGAAACUAACCCUUUUGGCUGCUGUUCUCACUCCCUUCACCCUUGGUGCAAACUACAUAAACUUGAUCAUAAAUGUUGGACCAAGACUCGACAACAAAGCAUAUGCAAAAGCUAGCAAUAUUGCUUCUGGAGCAGUCUCAAAUAUAAGAACUGUCAUAACAUUUUCAGCUCAGGAACAACUAAUUAAGUCAUUUGAUCUAGCUUUAUCAGAACCAAAACAAAAAUCUGUUAGAAAGACACAGAUUCUAGGCCUCAUACUUGGGGCAUCUCAAGGCUCCAUGUAUGUAGCAUAUACCAUAACUCUUUGGUUUGGGGCAUAUCUUGUAAAAGAAAAGGAAACAAACUUUGGUGUAGUUUAUAAGAUUUUCCUCAUUCUUGUUCUGAGCUCAUUUUCUGUAGGACAACUUGUUGGGCUCGCACCAGACACUUCAAUGGCUGCUACAGCAAUUCCAGCUGUUUUAAGUAUCACCAACCGGAGGCCAUUGAUUGGAAGUAACAGAGAGAAGGGUAAGAAGAUUGAUCAGUCGAAACCAUUUGAUAUUGAGCUCAAAAUGGUAACUUUUGCAUACCCAUCUAGGCCUGAUGUGAUUGUGUUGAGAGACUUCUGUUUAAAGGUCAAAGGAGGUAGUAUGGUGGCAUUGGUGGGGGGAAGUGGUUCAGGAAAAUCAACAGUAGUAUGGUUGGUACAAAGGUUUUAUGAUCCAAACCAAGGAAAAGUGAUGAUUGGGGGUGUGGACAUAAGAGAGAUUGAUGUUAAAUGGUUAAGGAGGCAAACAUCUUUAGUGAGUCAAGAACCUGCUUUGUUUGCUGGAACUAUAAGAGAGAAUAUUGCAAUUGGAAAUCCAGGGGCUUCAUGGGGUGAGAUUGAAAAUGCUGCAAGGGAAGCUUACAUUCACAAAUUCAUCAGUGGCCUCCCUCAAGGUUAUGAAACUCAGGUUGGAGAGAGUGGUGCUCAACUAUCAGGUGGUCAAAAGCAAAGGAUAGCCAUAGCAAGGGCCAUAUUGAAAAAUUCAAAGGUACUACUACUUGAUGAAGCAAGUAGUGCAUUGGACUUAGAAUCAGAAAAACAUGUCCAAGAGGCAGUGAGAAAACUUUCCAAGCGAACCACCACCAUUGUAGUGGCUCAUCGGCUUUCAACCAUUAGAGAAGCUAAUAUGAUAGCAGUGGUGACCAAUGGUAAGGUGACUGAGUAUGGUAGCCAUGACACACUCAUGGCUUCCCAUGUUAAUGGGGCAUAUGCUAGCUUGGUUCGUGCUGAGACUGAAGCCAAUGCAUUUUCUUGAACUAUAUACUCAACUCAAACCCAAGUGUCAUUAACUACACACACCUUGUAAAGAAACUACUACUACUAAUGAGUAUUGCUUCCGUUUUUCGUAAUUACUUUACUCUCUCCGAGUGUGCAAAAA